CCACACCUUAGGGAAGAUGGCGGCGGGGACGGGUAGUGAGUGAUGGUUUUUCUUUUGGGCUGAAGGGGUGCAGACUAGCUGGGUUGCUCCUCUUUGUAUUAGGGCGCUUGUUUCCUUAAUAGCGAGAUGAAAGGCAAGCACAAAUUGCUGAGUGCUGGACCCACGGAGCCAUGGUCUAUCCGGGAGAAGCUAUGCUUGGCUUCUUCUGUCAUGCGAAGUGGGGAUCAGAACUGGGUGUCUGUCAGCAGAGCUAUCAAGCCCUUUGCAGAGCCAGGCCGCCCACCUGACUGGUUUUCUCAGAAGCACUGUGCAUCACAGUAUUCUGAACUCCUCGAGACAACAGAGACACCAAAAAGAAAGCGUGGUGAGAAGGGAGAAGUGGUAGAAACUGUGGAAGAUGUUAUUGUGAGAAAACUGACAGCGGAACGGGUUGAGGAGCUGAAGAAGCUGAUAAAGGAGACACAGGAGAAAUACAGGCAGCUGAAGAGGGAUGCUGAGCUGAUCCAGGCGGGACAUAUGGACCACAGGCUGGAGGAACUGUACAAUGACAUUUUGGUGAAGAAAAGAAUGGAGGAAGAGGAGGCAGAGGUGAAGAGGAAAGCUACAGAUGCUGCUUAUCAAGCUCGUCAGGCAGUUAAGAACCCAUCCCGAAGGUUGCCAGGAAUGAUGGUCCGUUCUCCAGCAGGCUCAACCUCACCAGGAACAGACUACACUUUAGGCGACUUGUCUCAGCCCACUGUGGAAGAGGCUAGUCCAGGGGUAACUCCAGGGACAUUGCCCAGCACCCCAGUUGCCUCCUUCAUUGGGAUCCCUGACACCCCUAUGGGCUCCACCUCCCUGGAUGCCCCCAUGACCCCAGUCACAGAUGAUUCAGCCCAGAAAAAGAUGCUAGGACAGAAAGCAACUCCGCCUCCUUCUCCUCUGCUUUCAGAGCUGCUGAAGAAGGGCAGUCUCCUGCCCACAAGCCCCAGGCUGGUUGGAGAGAGUGAUAUAACAGUUGUCUCUGGUCACACAAGCACCUCUGGUAUCCUGCUGGAGGUGGGAGGGGUCCUUCCUGUGCUGCAUGGUGGAGAAAUGCAGUCAGCUUCUACCACUGUUCCUGCAUCCCCUGCUGCUUCAGGUGCUCCUACUCUUUCCCGCCUUUUAGAAGCUGGUCCAGCACAAUUCACAACAUCGCUUGCUUCCUUUUCUGCUGUUGCCAGUGAACCUCCAGCCAAACUCCUGCCUCCCCCUGUAGAGUCCGUGUCUCAGGCAACUAUAGUCAUGGUGCCCACGCUCCCAGCACCAGCUGCUGUGCUACCAGCUGCAACUCCAGAAAGUGUAGCGACAGGCUUUCACUUGACUUGUCGCUCUUGUCCAGUGAGUCAGUCCAACACCUGUGUUUCCAUGGAGGCAGUGCCUGAUCCUCACACUGUGACAGUGUCAAUGGACAGCAGUGAAAUUUCCAUGAUCAUUGAUUCCUUCAAGAAAGAUUGCCGGGGCUCUGGGGCAUCUGGCGCUGUAGGGACUUCCAAAGACCACAGCAUGGAUGGGAAGGAAGACCUUGAUCUGACUGAGAAGAUGGACAUUGCAGUCUCCUACACAGGGGAAGAGCCUUCCUACACUGGGGAAGAACUGGACUUUGACACCGUUGGGGACAUCAUAGCCAUCAUAGAGGACAAGGUGGACGACCAUCCCGAAGUUCUGGAUCCAGCAACAGUUGAGGCUGCUUUGUCUUUCUGUGAAGAGAUUGGGGACUCUCAGUCCCUGACUGGCCCCUGGGAGCAUCCACUCCAGCAAGAACUUCCGCUCCAACAGGAACACGAGAAGCCGAAUCCGAUCCCCCAAAUGGCUGUGACCGUAAAGCAAGAGAGAUCAGACUGUGAGGAAUCUGAGGUGAAGGGGAUCAGAGAUCUAAUGAACAUUGGGGAUCUGGGAACUGAAAUAAAGCCAGAGCCUGUGGAGCAGGAGCAGAUUCAUUUGGGUUCUGAGGAUGCUGAUCUGCUAGCAAGCAGAACCAGCGAAGCUCCUGAGCUGAGGGGCCAGAUCCCUCAGGAUGAAGAGACACAGGUCGCAGGUCUGGAGAGCUCUGAAAUGGAGAUGGAAUCGGCAAAAGAUGAAAUGGAUCAUGGUACCGUGAAGACGGAGCUCCCCCCUGAUGAUGAGACGUCCUCUCCACAUGCUCCAAGUGCAAGUGAAGACUCCUCACAGGCGGACCUUCACCACAAAUAUGAGCUUUCGGAAUCCAUGAAGGAGGAAACCCAAGCUCUCUUUGGGAACCAGAUGAAGGAUGCUCAGGGUGAAGAGGAUGAUGAGGAUGGUGCCAGCGAGGCUGCCAGUCUGGAGGAGCCCAAAGAGGAGGAUCAGGGCGAGGGCUAUCUCUCAGAAAUUGACAACGAGCCUCCUGUGAGUGAGAGUGAUGAUGGCUUCAGUAUCCAUAAUGCACCUCUGCAGUCUCACACACUGGCUGAUUCCAUCCCCAGCAGCCCUGCCUCCUCACAGUUCUCUGUUUGCAGUGAGGAUCAGGAGGCCAUUCAGGCCCAGAAGAUUUGGAAAAAAGCUAUUAUGCUGGUUUGGAGAGCAGCAGCCAAUCACAGGUAUGCCAAUGUCUUCUUGCAGCCAGUGACUGACGAUAUAGCACCAGGUUACCACAGUAUUGUACAGAGACCAAUGGACUUAUCAACCAUUAAAAAAAAUAUUGAGAAUGGGCUGAUCCGAACUACAGCAGAGUUCCAACGUGAUAUCAUGCUGAUGUUCCAGAAUGCUGUCAUGUACAACAGCUCUGACCAUGAUGUGUACCAUAUGGCUGUGGAGAUGCAGCGGGAUGUUUUGGAGCAGAUCCAGCAAUUUCUAGCCACACAGCUGAUCAUGCAGACGUCUGAGUCUGGGAUCAGUGCAAAAAGUCUGCGUGGACGAGAUUCCACUCGGAAACAAGAUGCUUCAGAGAAGGACAGUGUCCCCAUGGGCUCCCCUGCCUUCCUCCUUUCUCUUUUUAUGGGUCAUGUGUGGACAUGGCUAGAAUCCAAAGGAGAAAUCUUCACAGACUCUGAGAAGAGCAGCUACUGCCCAUCGCUUGGCUCUCCAGACUCCAGCUCGGAUCUGGAUCUAGACCUAGAAAUAGGCAGCUGGAGAAAGUCCAUAGAAACUGCUGAUGAGGAGUUAGAGGAAAGCAGCAGCCAAGAGGAGGAUAGCCAACUGGAGACUAGUGACACUUUGGCAUGGGAAAGGGACAGCCAAGUAGACCAAGAAGAGGCAGCAAGAUACAAGCAGGAUGCUCUCUUGAAGUUCCUGUCAGAGGUGACACACCUGAUGGAGCCACUUUCCAUUGGUAGCACAUACCUGGCACAGGGUUCUCAGACUCUUAGUGCUGGGGAACAGAAGGGAUGGGAAGACUUGACUCACAGAAGAGGCACAUGGGGAUCUUCCAUCCCCAAAGAGGAGAAAGUAGGGGAAGAAAGUCAGUUACAGGUCCUAAAAGAAAAAGCUGGGGAGAGAGCUGCACCCAAGGGAAAGGAGAACUUGGCAUUGCAGGUCUCAGGACUGCCUAUCAGGAGCUGGGAAGCAGAGGAGAUGGAAGAGCUGCAGGAUCUAUGUGAGGAGACAGGAGACUCUCCAACUCAGUGCAGCAGGCUUAAGACCAUUGAUAGAGAUUCUGGAGAGAAGGUGCUACAUGUCUUGGUGGAGAGUACGGAAGGAAGGGAUGAAGAUGAGGAAUAUUCUUUCGAGCUUAUGAAUCGGACAUCCUUCACCUGGAGAACACUGGAGGAAGAGUUUCCAAAAAGCAUAAAAGAAGUGUCUGUGGAACACCCCGAAGAGCAAGUGGAGGACUGGAAGGAUAGUGACUUCCACCUGAGUAACAGCAAUGAUGAUUCCAGUCCCUGUGGAACACCCCCAAUGAGUUCUCCUUCUACAAGUACAGCCUCCUUGCCUUUGAUGCAGCUGAGCCAAGAUGACCCACUUGAGCAGCAAUUGCUUUUCAAAAAAACUCUGAUGUCUAUCUGGAAGAUGGUGGCUGGUCACAGAUACAGUGGCCCCUUCUUGAAGCCCGUGUCAGAGAAGCAGGCACCUGGAUACAAAGAUGUGGUGAAAAGACCAAUAGAUCUUUCUACCAUAAAGAGGAGUCUCUCCAAGGGUCAGAUUCAGAAUAUGGUCCAAUUCCAGCGCGAUCUCAUGCUAAUGUUCCAGAAUGCUGUCAUGUACAAUAGUUUCAACCACCACAUACACCGCAUUGCUGUGGAGAUGCAGCGAGAGGUCCUGGAACAGCUCCAGAUGCUGGGCGAGGCACUCCUGUGCUCAGAAGAGAUGUGUGGCUUCAUGAGAAGGAUUUCCUUAGGUACAGAGCUUUGCCUGAAGUCUCCCAAAUGUGAGAGGUACUCACCUCAAGAUGGAAGCCGCCUCUUGACUUUCUCAGUGUUGAGCAGAGUGAACCUUCCAGAGUGCCUGAAAGGUACACACAUGCUAUUCCUGAUGGAAACAAUGUAUGGACCUUCAUCCUGAUAUUGCUGCCUUCAUGAAAUAUUUACAGGUGCUGAGGAGCAAGACAAAUUAGGCUGAUUCAGCGCUGAGAAUCUGGAGUUCAGUGGCCUUGCCCUUGCCCUUGCCACCUUCAGUCUUACUCUGCAGCAAAGUUUCAAAGUUCUUAGUUUACUACUAGAGUUUAACAGUUUGAAAUCCUCACCCUUCCCCAACAUCCCUUAAAAUGUUUCCCACUUGUCAAGUUGGCAGUCUUGUUUAUAUUUGGAAACUGGUUGUCUUCUUAGGCUGUAGCCGACAAAUGCCACACUUCAUUCAUAGCUGUCUCCUUGGACAACGUUAUUUUGUCUUCUGAUCCAGGGACUCUCAGUUGGAUAGGAAGUGAAGGCAGAGGACUAGUUACAGCCAGAUGAAGCCAAAGUGUGUCUGCUAGAGGCUGGGUCCCUUCUUUUAUAGCAGACACUCAUAAUGGGUUACCAAAUGUAUAUUUGGGGAAAAAAUAAACGUUGACUAUAUUGCAA